ACCAGUUGCAUACAAGUCGAGGCGAUGCGCGUGUGGAAAGGUUUAACGUGGCAUAGUUGGGUCUCCCGCGGGACGAUCGUACUGUAUGUUCUUGUCUUUUGCCAAUUGACCGUUCUUGUGGGGACACAGCAUCAACCCCCUCAGCAGCAGCAGCAGCAGCAGCAGCAACAACAGCACCCUCCACCACAGCAGCAGCAGCAGCAACAGCACCCACCUCCGCAGCAAUAUCAGCAGCAACAGCAACAUCCGCCUCCUCAGCAGCACCAACCGCCUCCCCCGCAACAGCAGCAGCAAUUUCAGCAACAGCCUCCUCCUUCACCACAGCACCAGCAACAGCAGCAGCAUCCACCUCCCCAGCACCAGCAGCAGCAUCCACCUCCCCAGCACCAGCAGCAACCACCCCCGCAACAGUUCCAGCAGCAACCGCCUCCGCAACAGUUCCAGCAGCAACCGCCUCCGCAACAGUUCCAGCAGCAACCGCCCCCGCAACAGUUCCAGCAACAUCCGCCACCGGCUCAACCGCAUCCGGCUGUAGCGUUGCAGGAUAUUCCCGAACACGAUCGACCAUGGUACGAAUUGCUGCCAGCUGUUGCGAUGGACUACAAGGUGCACAUCGACGCCGGCAAGGAGGACUGCUACUACCAGUACGUCCAGCAGGGCAGCACGCUGUACGUGAGCUUCCACGUGAUCCGUGGCGGUGAUGGUAUGGCCGGGUUCGCGGUGCGCAAUCCCCGCGGUGAAAUUGUCCACCCGUACCAGUGGCAGGCGUCGAGCGAUUACACGGACGGUGCAGCCAUGGGCGGUUUCUAUGCGGUCUGCAUCGACAACCAGUUCUCGCGGUUCGCCAGCAAGCUGGUCAAUCUGUACAUUACCGUGAUCCGGUACGAGGAGUGGGAAAAGUUCACCAAGGAGAUUGAGGAUUUGAACGUUAACAUGAACAACUUCACGAGCACCAUUUCGACGGUGGAACGAAACCUAAACGCCAUGUUCCAGUAUCAGGCACACUCGCGAAACAAUGAGGCCCGUGAUUACGCACUGAUUCUCGACAACAACGCGUACAUUUGGAAGUGGUCCGUGCUGCAGAUACUGGUGAUCGUGUUCACUACCUCCGUGCAGGUGUACUUCGUGCGGAAGCUGUUCGACAUCAAAACGGGAAGCGGAAAGGGUCGAAUUUAAGGCUAGAGCAGCAGAACGAAUUUUCAUUCCUUCAAGUCAUGGGUACUUACGUGCGAUAGUACAUCGUGGCUGUUUCGGAGUGCAAAGCGUUUAGUUUAUGAAUCACGCACACCCAUUCCAUGAGAACACGCAUUGCGCUUCCAGUCAUUUUCGUCCUAUCUGUUGAGAUUCCAUAACGUUACCCUUUGUUUCCUUCCUUGUUUGAUCAAGUAUUGAAUUUAUUAUCGUCCUUCAUGAGCUUCUCGGUACGCCUAUGACAGUAGUACGGACGUGGAAGACUCAUCGAAAAUGUUUUGAUUAUUUUUUUCGUGUUGAUAACUACACCUGAACUUUAGUUGUCGGGAAACUUCGGCAGCAGACAGAUAAAAUAAAGAAAUAUACAU